UGUCCACUGAGCCCAUCAGCGAGGAGACUGUCCGCUCAGAGCUGCUGAUCCCAGCGGCACGGCCAGUGGAUGCCGGCAACUACACCUGCACAGCCGCCAACUUCUUGGGCAACGCCUCAGUGGCCAUCACCCUCAGUGUGGGGGCCCCAGGGCCAGCCACUACCCCCCCAGGCUGGGCACCCAUCGCCCCUGCUGAGCCAGGUGCCCACAUAGAAGUGCGCAUCACCAAGCAGACGGUCUACGGCAUCACCUUGGAGUGGUUUGUGGUGGCAGCAGCAGAGCCAGGGGAGACCUGGUACACCCUCCUGGUAGGCCGCUAUGAUGCCGCCCAGAAGGAUGCCAUCUAUAUUGGCUCGGUGACUGAUCUGCUGCCGGCCACCAAGUAUGAGGUCUGCGUGGCCGUGCGCAACCAGGCACCCCGCAAGGGCCAGUGCGUCGUCUUCGUCACGGGCAACGAUGUCAGCCAGCUGGAGCAGCGUGAGAAGCUCAUCCACAUCAUUGUCAUCGUAUGUGCCAUGGUGCUGGCAGUGCCUGCUGGCAUGUACGCCU